AUGGCCGCGCUUGACAGUGAAGACAGCAACACCGAAAAGCAAGUGAUGUUGAAGCUGACACUAGGUGGGACUUCACUCAACAACACGGGCCGAGCAAUGCGGUGUCAGUAUGCUCUGCUCCGUUAGAUUUCUUCCAAUUAUUCAUCGAUGACAUCCUUCUGACGCUUAUGGAAACGUAAACAAAUAGAUACGGGUCGCAAAAAGAUUCCAGCUUCGUGGACACUAAUAAAGAGGAAUUGAAGAAGUUCAUCGCUCUGUGCAUUCAGAUGGGCAUGCAUUUGCCGGCAAAGUUAUGCCUAGGGGUCGAUUUGAGCAACUGCUGCGCUCUCUUCAUUUCUGUGACAACAGCACACCAGACGGUGACCGACUGUAUAAGAUAAAAGAAUUUGUUGACAUAUUCAAUGGCAAUUGUGAAAGAAAUUUUCAUCCUGGAAAAGAAGUAACCAUAGACGAGUCGCUGGUACCGUUCAGAAGACGUGUUGUUUUCCGGCAGUUAAACCAUCAAAGAAACAUAGAUAUGGUAUCAAGAUUUUCAAACUUUGCACGAGAGGAGGCUACACAUGGAGAUUAAUGACUUACGUGGGCAUAACUACACGUACCGGACCACUUGCGGAUACUGUCGUCUUCCCCAUGAUGAAUGGUCUCUUAGACAGCGGCAGACAGCUCUGUCAGCUCGAUUGGACUCCAAAAAACUUUAAGAGAGAAGAACCCACCUGGUUGCUACUUUGAGAAAGAAUCGUAGCGCGAGCUUCCACCACUCGUGAAAGAGAAGAAAUUAAAACGAGGGAAGCUAUAUUGCCUACAAAAUAUAGAUGGUAUUCUUGUAUGAAGUGGAAGGAUAAGAGAGAUCUUAUGAUGAUAUCAACUUCGCAUGUUGGUGAACGUGGCUCAUCAAACAAACCCAAAGUAGUUGAAGACUACAACAAACUAAAAGGAUUCGUUGAUCAAAGCGAUCAGUUGUCAGCUUACUCUCCAUUUGUGCGUCGUACAACGAAACGGUAUUUGAGAGCUUUCUUUCAUUUUGUCAUGCAAACAGCAGUCGUUAAUUGGUGUAGACUAUUUUGUGACACAAAAGGAACUAUUCAGCUCAAUGAAUUUAAAAUGAUUCUUGUGAAAACUUUACUUCGAGAUAUCUUCAGUGAGCCCUCCUCUCCAAGAACGACUCAUAAAUUGGAAAGAUCUGAGAGCGGCUCGAAAGAAAGCAGGAGAACAUGCACAGGUUGCUACAAGGAACUACGAGAAGAAAAAGGUCGCCCUUAUGCCACGAACCAUGCAAAAAAAGUCUCGUCAAGGUGCAGCAAAUGCCACAAAUACUUCUGUAUGGAAUGUUUCCUAAAUUAUCAUAAGAAGUGCGUGUAA